AUGUUACUAAGGAAUAUAGACCAAGCUGCUGGGCUCUGCAAUGGGACACGAUUACGUGUCUCUAGAAUAGGCAGGAAUGUCAUUGAAUCAAUCACUUUAAACGGUUCACAUCCAAACCAGAACGUGUUGCUUCACAGGAUGGACAUGAAUCCUUCUGAGAGUAGGUGGCCAUUCCGCAUGAAACGUAGGCAAUUCCCCAUCACUCUUUCAUUUGCCAUGACAAUAAAUAAAAGUCAAGGCCAAUCUUUAAGAAAUGUUGGAUUGUAUUUAACGAAGCCCGUUUUUGCGCAUGGCCAACUAUAUGUUGCACUAUCAAGAGUGAAAUCAGUUGAUGGUUUGAAGGUGAUUGUUGCUGAGGAUGGAAACAAAAUGAAGGGUACAACAACAAAUGUUGUGUACAAAGAGAUCUUUCAUAACCUUUGUUCUGAAUUUGUUGGAGAAGAUGAAUGCAGAGAUGGUACGAGCAUCGCUGCAACGUGUGGCCAUGUUUAUGGCGAAGUGAGUGAACCCAGUGUUGUUGGUGCCGUGGUCGGCGCUGUCGCCGUCACUGUCGGCGGCUGA